AAAACAGUGCGUUGCCGAUGGGUGCGAAAAAGUACAAAAUACACGCGAAUGAAUGGAGGCGUACUGCACAGAAAUGCGCCAAAAAAGUCCCCUCGGAUAUGAAGGCGUUAAUGUGCUCGUGCGCUCGUGAGGGCUUGCAUGGGGGGAGGGGACCCCUGCACAUCACUGAGUGUGUGUGGAUGGCGUGGGCUUCUCUCCUCCAAACCGCACAGCAUCAUCAUCAUCAUCACUCGGUCUACAGCGACUGCCGCGUACGCAUCCUCAUCCACCUCCUUCUCCUCCUCCUCAUCACCACCAUCCCCGGGCUGAAGAGGGAGCGCACCACGGAGGAAAGGUGAGCGUAGAUAAAAUAACGUGAAUACUAAUAAGCUCGUUUUGGAGGCAUCGUGGUGCGUUAAAGCGUAUAUAUAUAUAUGUGUGUGUGUUUUUGCAGCAUUGAGACAUCAUGGGUGAGAAAUAAUGGGCGUGUUCUCCAACCAUUUGCUUCGAACGGCGUUUAAAGAUCAAUUUUGUGAAUCGAGAGAUGGGCCUAUUAUGAUCUUAUCCAAGUCGUGACAAGCUGCUGUUGGUGAGAUUUCUAAGAAUGAACGCGGAUGUAAGGAAACACGAGGAAACACAAUUGGCUGCUAUCUGCGAGAGAUUAGUAUUUUAAUCCGACUGUAUUUAUGGGAUGUGUAAAUUGGCCUGUAAGCGGUAAGGCCUUUUUUUCCUUUUGCAUUAAUGAAGACGAUUAGGACUGAACAGGAGGUUUGUAUUUGCUUAUUUCUAACUAGAAUAUUCAGUAAUGCUCCGGAUAAAUAAUCUGCAAAACACCGAUCAGAUUACUUGUGUUUGAAUAGGUUUGUAAAAGCAGACGACUGUGAUUUUAAUAGUUUUUAUGCUUCGUUGUUAUAUUUUGGUGUCCAAAUGAAACAUAAGGACACAUUUCAAUUGAUCAAACCACUUAAGGCUUUAAUAUCUGGCCUGCAUUUGAUGUCCAUCAGCCCUGCUGCCCUACAAGGAAGUGGUAAACUGAUGCUGAUUGAUUUUUGAAAAGAGGGGGAGGAAAGAAAAAACAAAACAGUGUAAGGCUUGUUCAAGCCAGGGAGCAUUUUCUCCCUCCUCCUCCUCUUCUUCAUCAGACCUACCUGCUCUUCUUCUUCUCUUCAUGGUGCUGUGGAAAGGCUGUCAACUUGACAACAGCUGCAAAUAGAGAAAACUGUCUUAGUUUGGUCGGACUCCUGUUGCAUCCAGUUUCAUUGUAUUUGGGAAUAAAAAUAAGAUAUAAUAUACCUGUUGAUCAAAGGACUGAGUGAGUAUCCAUGGCUGUGCAUCAAUCUGUUCUGUUUUAACAUAUGAAAUUACACAGGAUACAAUUAGACCUUUAAUAAGCACCUGGACAGCCGCAUGUAGGCUGUUUGUCUGUCAAUUUUCAAGUUUAAUUGCUUAAUUCAAUCACAAAGAUGGUUUUAUUUGAACAGUUAGGUUUAAUGACCUAUAAUUUAAUAUUACUUUAAGCCUUUUUGCACCUUGCCUCACUGUCAAACUGCUCUGUCUUGCAGGACUCUUUUCUGUACGCUUUAAAACUGAAGGAGAAAAUGGCUUCUACUGCGAAGUUCAUCAUUUUCUUAAUUCACACAGAGGCCAUUUUCUUUUUAUGCCUUUACUCUCAGGAUGGGACACUUACCGUAAAACUGCCAUAAUGUCUGCUGUCUCUGGUGGGUUCUUAGCUGUUUUAUCAUUCCUCGAGUGCCUAAUGGAUCAAAAACUGAAAAAAGAGAAAGUAAAAAUCUUGACAGAUAGCCAAUAUGUCCAUAAAGGCUUUAUUCAGUGACCUGUUACAGACAAACUAUAGCACACAGUUCUCCAGCAAACAUAAUGUAUGGCACAGAAAGCUGACAUUUUUAAAAUUUGUCAGAUGAAACUGCAGAUUACAAAAUUAAUCAUGUGUUUCUUUUCCUGAUGUAUUUAAUUAAAAAGUUAAUGUCAGAGGAGUGCUUGAAUGCUUGUGGAGCAGCUCUCUGAUGCUAGCUAACCAGUUACUGCUCCUUAAUGCUCCUCUUGAUAUUCUCUAUCUCAAUUUGUUCUAUUUACCUGGAAUAGUUUUACAGCAUUGUAACAGAGCUGAAGCCGGGUUGUGAGAGGACAAUACCCAUCAUGUGGACACGGACAAUAUCUUUGUUUUGUUCACUUUCUAUUUGGCCAUGAGAGCUGAAACUGAUAGGUCAGUGACUGUGCACAUAAGCUUAAAAAUAUUUGCUGUCUUGUUGUUUCCUUCCACAUUGUUGUCUCCGGGCGUCUGUCAGUAAGGCUGUAGUAAUUACAGUCCUGCAAGUACUUGACUCUGGGAUAUUAUUGGGUUAGUAUCCCACAGUUUAGCCUGGCAGACCAGGCCUGUGGGGUUCUUUUGAUCUGUGCCAGUAAAUGUGCUCGGCCUGCUGACAUUGAAGGAUCUGUGGCCCUAUGGCUGAAAAUAGUGUUUGAAUUAUGUUUAAAACACACACAUCAACAUGUGUAUCUUGCUUUUCAUGGAAGAGGAUACAACAUGUAUUCAGUAAGCUUUAACUAUUUAAAAAUUCAUCUUAAUCCAUAACAUAUUUCACCAAACAUAUGUGUGUCUUAAGACACCUUUGAGGACCUUUAUGACCUACAAAAGCAACAAAAACCAACUGCUGAUGUUUGAAUUUUGUCCUUUCUUAAUAUUAAUUUAUAUUUUCUGGGCACAGAUUUUUCAUAAGCGAUGUAUUUGACUGUUAAAGAUGUAGGAUGAGUUAUUUUGUGAAAAAGACCAUAAAAGGAAAGAGGGUUCGAUUUUGUCCACAGAGGGUGCCAAAAUCAGCACAAACUGAAGCAGCAGGACUGAUCAAAUAGUAAAUUCACAGCUAAACAAUCAGAAAUCGAGGAAUGCUGUUUUCUGUGAAUUUAUAGAGGAUCAAUAACCCAAAGAGCACUUUUGCUGUACUCCAAUUCGAUUUUUUAAGAAUAUAUUUCAGAUCUACAGUGCUGACAUGGAUGUUUGCACAUCACCACAAAAUCAAGCAUUAUCAUUUUCUUGCACAUCGAUGCUGCAGCUCACAUAUACAAAAACAAAUGGAUGUGGUAUAUUAAAGAGAUGAGCUUUACAAGUCAGUGACUUAAAGAGCAAAUGCCCUUCUAGGCAGAGAGAUAAAACUGACAUCAAUUUCCCAUCUCUUUUUUUUUUUUCCAAUUUCAGGCCUCAUUUCUUUUUGUUCACGGCUCAAGUUGUUAGUUUUAUUUAUCUACUAAGCAACAUUUUGUGGCUUGAUUGGAUUAAUCCAUCAUGUUUCUGUUUAAUAGGUGUUUGUAAUUCACACAGUGAGGCCUUUUGGUAAUGUUCUUCCUAUUUCAAACCAGUCCACGAUCCUUUGAAGCACUUUCCUGGUCACAUUACAUUUAUGUUGAGGUGGUAGACAGCAGCUCUUUGCCAAGAUCUUAAGCUGGGGUGUUCCGGGCAUUUCCACACUCAGAGACACCCAUUAAAAAUCACUCUUACUUUUCCGGGCUCGAUGUCUCGCCGUGUAAUUACUCCUCUGGCUGGUCUGUGACUCAGCAGAGAGCACAUGCUGAGCGGUAAUGGAAACACAACAGGUGUAGUUUGAAAAAAAAAGGAAAAAACACGGUAGUUUUGUUUCACUUUGUAGUCAUUUUCUGUGUCUUUAUGGUCGUUUCACCUCAUUUUGGUGUCCCUCUGGUCUUACAGCUUGCAGCUACUAUACAAGUAUUGGAAAACUCUAAUAAGGGGGCUCAUUUGCUUCUUUUUUUACUCUCUCCACAGUUAUAAGAAGAAGAGUCAAAUCUGUGAGAUACUUAAAAUCAAAGCAGGUGGCCUCCUCACCAAAUCUUUGACCACCUUUGAAUCUACCCGGCCUCUUAAAAAUGGAGGACGGCUACCAAAACCGGACUGCCUUCAUAAAAGGUGCCAAAGACAUUGCCAAAGAGGUCAAACGACAAGCAAGCAAGAAGGUUGGCCGUGGGGUGGAUCGGAUGAGUGAUGAGUACAGCAGACGCUCCUACAGCCGCUUUGAAGAGGAUGAUGAUGACGAUUACCCCGUGCAGGGGAGCCAGGAUGGAGGCUAUUACCGUGGAGACAGCCAGGCAGCAAAUGACGAUGAGGGCGGGCACAGUGACUCCACAGAGGGCCACGAUGAAGAUGACGAGAUCUACGAGGGUGAGUACCAAGGCAUUCCCAGAGCCGAGUCUGGCAAGGGCAGCCUGGCAGGAGGCCCGGGCUCAGUGACGGCUGGCGCUCAGCAGUUCAGAGAUAUUGGCGUGUCUGAAGCCGAGAGGAGGAAGGACCGCGAGGAGCUGGCUCAACAGUACGAGACCAUCUUACAGGAGUGUGGACAUGGGAAGUUCCAGUGGACCCUGUACUUUGUGCUGGGGCUGGCUCUGAUGGCGGACGGUGUGGAGAUCUUUGUUGUCGGGUUUGUCCUGCCUAGCGCCGAGAAGGACAUGUGCCUGUCUGAACCAAACAAGAGCAUGCUGGGUAAGACAAUAUUUACACUCCAGUGUCUGUUGUACACUCUCUGGUUUCUGAAGGCAUUGUCCUAUAAUUGAAUAACAUUAUGUAACAUCAGAUGCUUAAGUUCAUCGCUAAUUCAAGAAUAUGCAAAUACACUAAAACACUCUCAUUACGUUCUUCAAUUGAGAGUUUUCUUUACUGGAAGUGACAGACACUACAGCAAACAUUAAGUCGUAUUCAAAAAGACAGAAUUACAAUCCAACCAGCUGCCUCAUGAGAUCCUCCUCGCCUGUUUCCACCACCAAGUUCAGUCUGAUGACAUAAAUAUACAGGAGGGUGUCAGAAAAAUAUGUGUGUGUAUGUGUAAUAUCUGCUUUCAUAUUCUUGGUGCUGAGGGAUGGAAUAACUUAAUACAAGUGUUGCUGCUUAUAAGGGAUUUGUUGACUGUACGAAAAAUGAAACAUGAUAGCUGAUCUUUCCAAAGACAAGCAAAUAAUAACUCAAUAUUUAAGCUGUUUCCUGCAUGUCUUGAGGGGCCAGCUGUCAGUACAGCAUGGUCAAACUAUCAGAGCCAAUACUACAAAAACAAAAACACACAAAUAGAGAUGACAGGACAGAUUUACAGUAAUUAAUAUUGACUGAAGUUGGAUCUAAAUUGAACCAUUAAUUCCUGGCUUGAUGGCAAACACGUUUUGUAUCUGAAGAAUGACUUCAUUUCCCGCAUCUCUCUUUCCGCAGGCCUGAUUGUUUACUUUGGGAUGAUGGUGGGAGCGUUCCUCUGGGGGGCUCUGGCUGACCGGAUAGGCCGUCGGCAGUCUCUUCUCAUCUCUCUCUCCAUCAAUAGUGUCUUUUCCUUCUUCUCCUCCUUCGUCCAGGGAUACAGCACCUUUCUUUUUUGCAGGCUCCUCUCAGGCGUCGGGUAAAUUUGAAUAGUAUUGAGUGUAAUAUGAUUUACAUACAACAAAAGCUCAUGAUUGAUGUAGCGCAUUAAGUGCAUCAAAAACACAUUUCAUAUAUCUUUUUAAUAACAUUUGGCUUUUUUUGUCUCAAACGUUGAUAACCUGACGAUUAAAUCUAUAUUUGUGUGUCUUGAUUUCUGCUCUGAAACAUUAAAAACACUGUUCUCUCUGUUCUGUACAGGAUUGGUGGCUCGAUCCCCAUCGUGUUCUCCUUUUACUCUGAAUUUUUGGCCCAAGAGAAGCGUGGCGAACACCUCAGCUGGCUCUGCAUGUUCUGGAUGAUUGGAGGAAUCUACGCAUCUGCAAUGGCCUGGGGGAUUAUCCCACAUUAUGGUGAGAACACUAAACCUUCUCUGAAUCUGUGAAUGUCUUAUUUCCAAUCAGAGCUGUCUCAUGAUCCUCAUUUUAAAGCUCAUGUAGGGAGUUUUUGACCCUCAUGAAAUAGACUUGAAUUUAUAUUGAUGCCUUUUUAUGGUAUACAGGAGCAAACAAGACCAGACUGAGAUUUUUAUAUGGUAAUUUUCUUAAGUGUCAGCUGACUAGCUAAAGAAAAGCCCCUUUUUUUAACAACCUCUACAUAAAAUAUUUACAAUAUAUAAAAAAUUUGACUGUCAGAAGUCAGAAGUUAUUGUUAGAAGACAUUACUUACCAUAUUUUUCACACUUUAUGGCGCACUUAAAAUCUUUUUGGCUUGUCGGAGCACUGCAGCUACUGUAGCCUCGCUGAGUUAUUGGAAGAGUUAAAUAAAGUUUGACUUAUCUGACUGUUUUGUUUGGCUUAAUGCGCUUUAUAAUUCAGUGCGCCUUAUGUAUGAAAAUAGACGCGCUCAUUGAUGGUGCGCCUUAUAAUCAGGUGCUCCUUAUAGUGUGAAAAAUACGGUAAGCAAAAACCACUUCGUCCACAGGGGGCACUAAAAUUACUACAAACAGAAGUUUCCAUACAGGAGCUUUAAAUUGUAUUUAAUAGGUGAAAAAAGUCUGGAAUGUGGAAUUUCCCUUCUGGGAUAAAUAAAGUUCUUCUUAUAUUUGAUUAUGAAAUAUUAAGCUGUAGCUAGUUAGCUUAGCUUAGCUUUUCUUAGUGUUAAGAUUGGGAACUACUUGCUUAUUUCAAAGGUAGUAAAAAUAUUGACUUAAGAAGGUUUAUCCCACUAAAAACUUGUCAAAUCUAAUGUCCUGUCUCCGAGCAGUUUACAUGCUCUGAGGGAACCUAACAGUCAUAUAUUAUCAUUUCAAAAUCGUAUUCCAGCAAAACGCUCGUUGUUCCAAACCAUACAGGUUCAAGCCUUUUUGCCAGCAGGCAUCUUCUCAGAGACACAGCGCACUACAGCUGACCUUUAACUUCUCUAGGGCAAGAAUUAUAACAUGGUUUGAACUGCGUCACGUCAAAUGAAUCAGAGUACACACUGACCUUAAUGAUUUGAAACAUGCUAGUAGGUCAAAGUGAAAGUGUAAAGUGUGAGCUCAUUCCUUUCUUUCCUUUAGGAUGGAGUUUCCAGAUGGGCUCUGCGUAUCAGUUCCACAGCUGGCGUGUGUUUGUUUUAGUCUGCGCCUUUCCCUCUGUUGCCGCCAUCGCUGCUCUGAGUGCGAUGCCAGAGAGCCCACGCUUCUAUUUGGAGGUGAGGUUGAACAGUUUGCCUCUGUCUGUCUGUGUCUGUCAGCGAGUUGUAGGUUACACAAAUGUUUUUUUUUGUUAUUAUAAAAAUAAAACUUGAUCCAACCCAACUUGAGAUGUAGUUAUAUAACAGAAUAUAACAUAAAAAGUUUAUAAAAAUAUGAUGUUUACUUUUUCUGAACAGAACGGCAAACACGACGAAGGCUGGAUGAUUCUGAAACAAGUUCAUGACACCAACAUGCGAGCUAAAGGACACCCAGAGAGAGUGUUUACUGUGAGUACUUCUGUGAAAAUAUUGUUCAUUAUAGUCAGCCUUCAGCCAGUUAUAAUCCCAAAACAUCUUCUUAAAGCUUUCAGACAAAAUAUUUACAGAUAUGUCAUGAUUUAAGUUACAGAACAUGUCUUUUUGAGAGGUGAUGAAGGAUUGACUUUAUUACAUCCUAUUAAUUAAAUUUAUGCGUCUUUUUCAAGUCUAUGUUUAAAGCUCCUGUGAAGAGUUUCUUGACAUGUGUGAAAUGGUUUGAAAUUCAUUCUGAUACUUUCUCAUGAUACCCAAAAGCAAAAACAACAAUCAAAGAGAAAGCUGAAAACAUUUACAUCAUAAUUUUUAAUGUCUGAAACUGGUGUGAAGGGAUAGGUGUCAGCUGAAAAGAUCAUUUUUUUUAAUAAUUUAGUCGUAAGUUAUUCAAAAAAGAUAAAUUUGACUUUCAAAUGUCAGAGGUUAGAGAUUAUUUUGCAUGUUUUUUCUUGCUCUUGCUCAGCUGUCCUGUCUUGAAACGCAAAAAUCCCCCCCAAAAAAUAUUACCUAUAAUAAAAAAAAUGACUUAAUGUGAAAUAGCUGCAUACAUUAACCCCGUGUCAUUAUAGUUGUCAGACUUUGUGAUAAUCAUUGAGCUCCCUCUCUGACAUCUGGCGGGAGUUAUUGUCUGAAGCAUCCGUGUCUCUUUCAUCCAAGGUCACGACCAUUAAGACGGUGAAGCAGAUGGACGAGCUGGUGGACAUUGGCACUGACACCCCUGUCUGGCAGCGUUAUAGACUGAAGAUCAUGAGCCUCUCCCAGCAGGUGGGUGAAGUUGAGAGAGAGAGUGAAAAAACUUUGAUAUACAGUGAAUAUGAUUUGAAAAUUCGGGGUUUUGUUUAAAGAAAAUAAAAAUGAGUUUUGAGCAGACAGGUCUGGCCUUGAACUGUAACCAAAUACAACAGCCUCGGAGUAUGAUUUAUGAUCACUUAAAUUAAAAAACACAGCAUCUGAACCCACAGCUUGACUCUGAGCUUGUUAAAAGUUUGGGGGACAUGUCUUUAGAAGGUCUCAGUGGAGUUUGAAUCAGUGUGAAGUGAACAGUGUGGAUGGAAACGUGGGUGGAAUCGAGUCAGAGAGGUUAAAUGUGUUUUUCUUUCUUCCUACCAGUUAUCCAGACCUUUUGACCUUUGUGUGAUUUAAUGAGAUAACUAAGUAGAGUCGACAUAUAAAUGCAGUCUCGUCCUCAUUAGCAACAUGCAGAUUUACUAAAAGGCUUUGUCUUGGCCAGAUAAAAUUUGAUUAGAACAAUUAAAUGCAGUGUUUUCAUGGUUUUUUUGUUGCCCUGUGCCAGAGUGACUAACACAGACUGAAUGCAUCCUAAACCAGGCAGAAAGGUCCACGCAAAGUGUGUUGGAGAGAGUAAAUGUUGCAGAAGACCCAUUUAUUGCAUCCCGUCUUAUUUUAUCUGAAGUCAGUUGUGGUUCUACAAGUUGUGUUUUGCUGCACAGAAUCAAAGUAAAAAGAAAAAAGUGAGAGAAAAACCACUGUGUGUUAAACUUAGAUGUGCUGCAAGACUUUGAACCUCAUCUUUUGAGUUAAAAUAUAUAUUUUUUCCUUUUCCUGCAGAUCAAGAACAAUAUCUUGGCCUGUUUCAGCCCGGAGUAUAAACGGACGACUUUCAUGCUCAUGGCUGUUUGGUUCACCAUGUCUUUCAGGUAAGGGGGACAAAAUCAAAACAUAAAAUGUUUUACUCUAAAGGGAGUCAUGUUUGGUUUUAAUAUAAAUUUUAUUCUACAAUCUUACAGCUACUACGGUCUGACAGUGUGGUUCCCAGACAUGAUCAAGUACAUCCAGAAGCAGGACUAUGAAUCACGCACAAAGACCUUCACUAAAGAGCGAGUGGAGCACGUCACCUUUAACUUCACCCUGGAAAACCAAAUUCAUCGCGAAGGACACUACUUCAACGACAAGUGAGUGUUAUGUGAGCUUCAGGUUUGGUCUCUAAACCAUGAGAGUACUUGAACAAAGUUGGAUGAGUAUUUGGUUUGUAAGAUUUACAUGUAUUUGCUGCAAAGGAAUAAUAGCACAGGACAAAACAAGCGGCAAAUAUCAAACCUCGAAUCUGUGAUCUGUUCCUAGGUUCCUGAACCUGAAGAUGAAGUCGAUGGUGUUUGAAGACUCCGUGUUUGAGGAGUGCUACUUUGAGGACAUCACCUCGACACACACCUUCUUCAGAAACUGCACAUUUAUUGCAAGUUUGUUCUAUAACACAGGUAAAUAUGAACAGAAUCAGCAGUGAGGUAAAGUUAGUGUCACAGAGAAGUAUUCAGACGGUCAGUAUUAUUUGGUGUUUUAGAGAUGCGUGUUGAGUUUCAUUUUGGCAUUGAUCCGUUCUAACCAAAAGAAGUUGUAAACGUGAACUUAGUAAAAACAUUCAGUGAUUUUAGUUAUUCAGCAUUCAUGCAGUAUUCAUUUUGGGUUAUACUUCUGUCAGCCAGCAUUUGUUAGUCUAAUAUCCCUCAUGGUUUUUGUCUCCGAUGACUCCUACAGAAAACAUCUGACUUUUUCGAUGUUAAACGCUCCUCGAUAUUCAGAGUUAUUUGCUGUCAGGCAGGCAGCCCACUCAGGGGUUAUCAGAGGGUUUCUUUUUUCGGUGGAAACAGCAGCAUGUUGAGUCUGAUGAGAAAGCAGUGUGCCAAAACAGCGAUGUUAAAAGCCAUGAGUGCAAAGUACUUCAUUAAAGACACUUGAGUGUUUUGUAGGCCAAGAGUUACAGCAAAGUCAUGAUGAUUAUUGAGGAGUGUUGCAGAAGGUCAUCUGCUCCAAGUGUUGAUUUGCACAUCUCAGUUUGAUCUAGAUACGAGAAACAGGAAAUAUAAAUACUCUUUUUUGAACUGCAGACUAAAAACAUCAAUCAUUUAAUCCGAAAUGUGAUUCAAAUUAGUUUCGUUGCAAUGUUAAAAGAGAGAAAAGAUAAAAACACAUUUGUUCAGCAGGACUGUAACCAUGGAAACAAUCUGUUGCCUGUAUCCCAGGGUUACCCUGCUGCAGACAUGUUACCCUAGCAACGUAAACAAGGUCCAGUCGUGCCCGUUUGACAGACGAGAGCAGACAAGAGCAAAGAAACGGAGCUUCAUCGCCAAGAAAACACAUGUAGGAAUGACAGGACUCAGUACAAACUCAUGUUUGUGUAAAGACGGCAUGAUUGACACGAGCAGAAAUGUGCCGAGCAUGCACAAAAAGACAGAAUGAAUAAAUCAAAAUUUAUUUAUGUGGAGGCUGGUGGUCAUGGUUUUGAUUUCAGCUCAUUAGAUCUGUGCCUGAGAAGACUCCCUGACUCUGCUGGUGUCAGACUUUAAUCUCAGCUUCUUACAGUUUCUUCUCAUCACAUAUCCUCGCUCUGCAUUCUUUAAUCUGCAUGUCAUCUUUCUGCAUUUGGAAGUUAGUGAUCAGUCAGCACUCCUAUACCAGACGAUCUUUCAUAAAGCUGCGAUCAGUUAUUGGUUUGGAUGCACUCUGACAGUAUCAUCAUCAGAAAACGGAGCUACGCAGUUUGUGCAGCAGCAGAAAGUAAAAACAGAAAUCUGUGCAGCAGAGCUUAUUCUCUUUAUUUACCUUAAAAACUUUACAGUGAUAGAGGCUGUUUCAAUGUUUGGCUGUUGACUAAAAGGGAUUUUGAUCAAAACAGUCUUGUUUUUUGUCUUGGUUAUGCGGCGGCUUUGAAGAUGUCCUUGUUUCUUCCUUUUGAGAUGGAUGAUUACAUCUCUCUGUUUUUGUCUUUUUAGAAAACUAAACUUUGAUCUAAAAUGUUGCUAGUGGGUUCGGCAAAGUACCAAACAAAAAGACAGAAAAUUGGUUGCCAUACUUUAGUAAGAGGGAUAGAGAAUUAUGUGUGAAGCCUUGAACCUUCUUCGUUUAUAUGUGUUUACAUUUUUACUCUACACAUAUUUCCCUCCUUGUCUUUGAUAGAUACACCCUUUCCCCACUUUAAGAAGAAAAAUAACUUAAAUAAAUGUGAAGAUGACCUUUUUUUGCCUUGAGGAGUAUCUCCAGUGAUCUCCCUUGACUAUAUACAUAGAUCAGUUACUCUUUUCAUAACCUAUUUAUACAUUUUAGCUUUUAUUCUUACCAUUAAAUCGACUAUGGGCAGGUAUGAAGGGAGUUAGCAGUUAACAGAUAUAGGGUGGAGCCUGUCCUUCUUAGGCUUUAAAACAAGCAGACCAGUGAAGAGCAGCAUAGACUGGUGUUAUAUAUCAACAUUUUGAAUUAAUAUCAUCUUUGGAUGUUGUGCUUAUUGAUCCCAUAAUGAAGUGUAUUACAGUAGUGGAGUCUAGAGGAAAUAUAUGCAUGAAGGAAUUUACGUCUGAUCCAAACUCUGAUCACCUGAGAGUCAGAGAAACGGUUGUGUGCCUCAUCGAGACCAGAAUUUAGACAGCAACACCCACAAUGUCAGAGACACGAUUAGGAUCCACAGAGUCAGGAUGUUUGCUGAGUAAAACAUCAGUUGAGAUUAAAAGAAUAAUAAAACUGUGAAUCAGUUUUCCUGUUCUGUUCCUACCAAGAUAUAGACUAUCAUAUUUAACCAGUACUCUGCGGUAGCUUUACAAAUAUCUUUACUCUGUGUAUUUUCUUCUAAAGCAAAUACACACUUAGACAAGAGCCACAUCUUUAUUGGUGAUAGUGCUCAUGGGAAAUGUAGUUUUACCUCUGGAAAAUAUCACAAAUUUCCUUCAAACCCGUCACCAGAGUCAGUAAAAUGUGAAAACUCCUCACAGCGCCUCAGAUCUAGAGUUGGUAGGAUUGUGAAACUUUCCCCUUUCUUCAUGAAACACCGCACUAAAACUGAUAAAGAUAAGACAUUAAAAUAGGAGCUAAUAGUUUCUCGAACCUUACAUGCUUGUAUUUGUGCCAGUUAAUCCCUCAUAUCGGAUACUGAAUAUCUCUGAGCAACAGCGCCUCCUUCUGUUCCUCCCUCCUCAGAUUUGUUCAAGUACAGGUUUGUCAACAGCAGACUGAUCAACAGCACGUUCCUGCACAACAAGGAGGGCUGCAUCCUCGACUUCAGCGACGAUUUCAACAACGCUUACAUGAUUUACUUUGUCAGCUUCCUCGGCACGUUGGCUGUGUUGCCUGGCAACAUUGUCUCAGCUCUAUUAAUGGACAAAAUUGGGCGUCUGAGGAUGCUGGGUAGGUAAAUCUAAUGACUAUCCACUGAUUCCAAAUGAAAGAGUGGUUGUUUGUGAUAUUGCCAUUGUUUCCUGUUGUUUGCCAACAGCGGGAUCCAGUGUCAUCUCCUGUGUCAGCUGUUUCUUCCUGAUGUUUGGAAACAGUGAGUCAGGGAUGAUCGCCCUCCUGUGUCUGUUUGGAGGCAUCAGCAUCGCCUCGUGGAACGCCCUGGAUGUGAUAACAGUGGAGCUUUACCCCUCGGAUAAAAGGUAACAUAAAAUGCAGCAACUCCCGGGCGCUUUGAGAGGUGUUUGUGAAAUCUCACACGUAGGGGUUUCAUUGAUUCCUCUGUUUGUUGGCGAUCAGUUUGUUCCUGCUGAUGCAGUCAGGUUUUUUUCUAUCAGUUUAAACUCACAUGAAAAAAUCCUUUCAGUCAUGCUCGUGUACAGGUUUUUGUCAUGAUAUGUUUUUUUUUUUUUAAGUGUUUCCUCGUGAUUUAAGUGUAUUUUCUUCGCAUUUUUCCUAGUGUCUCUGUUCCUUAUUGUUCCUGUUCUCCUGUAGUCGUGUUUUGUGAGUUUUCAGUUUGUGUUUGACCCUGUUUACCUCAUGUUUUCAGUGUUUUCUUCUCUUUUAUCAGUUUUCAAUGUUUCCUGCUUAAUUUUGUAGUUCAUUCCCUGUGUUUCUCAUCUUGUUUUACUUCCCCAGUUUUCCCUCGUCUGUAACUGUCUUCACCUGCCUCUCGGCUCAUUGUAUGUUGAUUCCUCUGUGUGAAUGCCAGUGUCUUUAGUGUCUCCUCGUGGUUUUUUCCCCCCUGUGCAUUUUCUCGGAUUUUGGAUCUUUGAGUUGGACAUUUUGUUGUAAGCUUUUGUUGCUUUUUAUUCAGUUAUUUUUUUCAUUAAAUCACUUUUCUUAUUACAGUUUUAUCGUGAAAUGCAGCAGUAUAUUUGUCAGCCUAUUCAUUCAAGAGGAAAUUAUCAACCAAGAAGAUGUUUCCUCUGUUGUUUUUUAAUCAUAGAGUGUCAGUGCACACAGCUGAAAUCCACUGCAGGAUAAAAGCAGCUUAUUUCUUUUCACAGACAUACUGUGUACAGAUUAAUAUUUUAUGCUCCACCGCUAAAGUUAAAUCUUUAAAAGCCAGUUUGAUCUUGCUUGUAGGAUAUUUUGGCGUUCCCUCAUUUACCUCAAACUGAUCAAGAGAAUAUGAAAAGAUGUGUUGGGGGGAAACAACCUUAAAUGUUGUUUUAAUGGAAAUUCUGGGGGAAGAUUUUAUUACUUUAAUCAUUUUUAUUCUGGCAGAGACAGUUUUUUUUUAUUUCCCUUGAAUCCAGUGAUUGUUCAUCACUAAAAACAUAAUUAACUCAAAGGGAUAGUCUUACAUAACCAUUACGAAGCUACUCAUCCUUUCAUAUGUGGUUUAUGGACUUAUUUCUCGUCUUAUCAAACUAGAAUUUACAUCAAAUGCAUGGAUUUCAAUGUCAAUAAUAUACUAGCAUACACAUUUUAAUGUUAUUUUGAGAGAUUAAGUUUCAUUUUCAACCUUUUAAAAUAUUGGAGUGUUAUGUUCAAGACAGUCAAACAACAAGUUAGUCCUUCAGUAAGAAGAAAUAAUAGAAAUAUAGUUUAAAAUACAGAUGCAAGAUAUAGAUUUAAGAGUUAUAGUGUGUGAAACCUGCUGAACUGGUGAAGGGAAGAUGUGUUUGUAUAAGAAAGUCCUUAUUAUAAGAUUUUAUGUAAAGAGAAAACGAGGCCUUUUAGUUUUAAUGUAAUAAUAACGAGUCCCAGAGUCUCUUGAGGCCAUUAUUGAGAGGAGGACCGGGUCUAAAUUAAGUUAAUCCCGGGCUAUAAAGAUCAUCUACUGCACUAUGUCUUCAAAGGUCUUGAAGGCUCUUUUAGUGAGUGACUCGUGAUGCCUCGGUGCUCCACUGAACGACCGAGAAAGUCUUUUGUUUCAGCAGCAGUGAGAUUUUUUUAACAGUGUUUGUAUGUUAGGGUCUGACUCAGCACUACUGCAUAGUUUGUAGAAGUAUUUAUUUGAUUAUUUAUUCAUUUUUAUCAGGCUUUUGUUGUAUUUAAUCAUGUCCUUAUCUUUUAUUGUACCACUUUUAAAUCAUGUUUCACUGGCCUUUACUGUGUUUGUUGUGUAGCUGGUGUUUUUCCGAUGUCUCCUUGCUGUUUGUUGUCUGUAGGAGUCUUCUUGUCCUGGUGGUAAAAUAGUUUCCCCCAUGCGGGAUCAACAAAGUCUACCUUACCUUACCUUACCUUAUUUUCAUGUUUGAAAAAUGUUGUUUUCGUACUGCAAUAGUGCAUGUUUCAGAAUCUGUUUAUGCCCACAGUCCGCCAGAACAAAAGCCUGAUGCAUUAUAUCUAUCUAUCUAUCUAUCUAUCUAUCUAUCUAUCUAUCUAUCUAUCUAUCUAUCUAUCUAUCUAUCUAUCUAUCUAUCUAUCUAUCUAUCUAGAAUAAGCAGUAAUGAAAGCUGGCCUGUAUAAAGUAGAAAGGUAGUCAUUAGUGCUGUAUGUUUUUGUUGCUGAAAGUCCUCUCUCUGAUUGCAUCCUGCUCCUCUCCCCACAGGACCACAGCCUUCGGUUUCCUUAAUGCUUUCUGUAAACUGGCGGCCGUCCUGGGCAUCAGCAUCUUCCAGUCGUUCGUCGGCAUCACUAAGGCAGUACCCAUCCUGUUUGCCGCCGGGGCGCUCGCCGCAGGUAGUUUCCUUGCAACAAAGCUGCCUGAAACACGAGGCCAAGUGCUGCAGUAAAACACAGAACCAGCAGUGGGCAGCAGAGCACUGGCAUGCGUCUUUUGACAACGAGAGCCCGAAUAUCCCUGAGAGCUUCAGUGCUGCCUGUUACUCACCAACAGAACAGACUGCCAUCCCCAUUGUAAGCCCAGAAUCCUUUGAAACAUGGACUGCAUCAUUCAAAGUCCUCACAGUGCCACAGUGACAAGACAAGGGGGCACUAUCAGGUACUAAAAAACCACAGAUCCUUUUUCAGAGUGUGUUUCAGCAGCUUGGUCUGGUGAUGCGAUCCAGUAGUGCAAAUUGUGGUGUGAAGUAAAGACGGCCUGUUCAUUUUUCUGAUUUUUUAUUUUCAUUUUUUCUGGGCCAAGGGAUCUGCAAAACCAAACUGAAUUGAGACGAAAGGGAUGUCAAAAGAAGAGUGUGAAAAAGCCAUUUAUGAGGGGAAAUACAAAGAUUUAUCUUUUACUGUUUGGAUGAAUUUUUAACAUGGUUGCAGUGUUUCUUUCUAGUCCGCCUUGGCCUUGUUGACUGGCUUUCAGUGCUUUUUUUUCUUGAGUGUCGUGUUUACUGGUGCAAUUCACUUCAUGUUUACAGUCAGACUGAUUUUGAUUUAAGAGGAAUUAAUCAUAUCUGACCCUUCACCAGUGCUUGCUACUGACGCCAGAUUUCUGCAAGCUCUUUUUUUCUACCAAAUGCGAUUCAAACAUUCCAGUGAGACUCGAUUUAUCCGGAAACAGAGAACUCAAUGUUGCUCUUGUCCCUGCAUAAAUCCAGUCUCCUCUUCCUCUAUUUAUCACCUCAAAAACACACAGACAGCUAAAGAUGCAUUUCACAGGAUUCUCUGUCGUAAAUGGGACUCGUUUGAUCCAGCUCCUCAGUGUUCUGUGUUGAAGUCAUGUUUUCUUUCCUCUCAAAACAGCUAUGGCAAACACGGGAACAUCUGUGGGAUGGAUUUGUCUUAAGUGAGAGCACAUACCUAAGGUGUAAAACUUACCCUGAAGUCGAAGUUGUAUGAGUGUGCAUGGGAUUGCAUGUCUGUCUGUGUAACGUGAGAUCAGAGAAAGUGUCUGAUUUAUGUUCAAACUCCUUCAUUUCAUGCAAAUCAGCGCAGCUGUGUGAAUCAUAUUACACUGAUCCUACAGCAGAAUGUACAAAGCAGCAGUCACACUUUUUAUUUUGAGAAAUUAUAACAAAUACACAAAUUAGCUCAGGUGUGGUGUACUGUUUCGACCAUGUUUACAGUUGGUAUUAGGUUUCACCACCUCUCCACCAAAAAUUGUACACGCAGGUUAGUUUUGAUGACCGGUCCAGCUCGAUUUAUUCGCCUUAAUGCAGAAACAAGUCGUAAAAGAAGUCGAUUAAUUGACUGUAUAGGUUUUCUCUUACCUCAGACACAGCGCUUUGACGAAAAUCUUCGAUUAACCUCCGUUUAUUGGCUUUUUUUUAAUAGCUUUUAACUUAAUCUCAGUCUUUGUAAACUGUUUGCCGGCUCGUCACAGGGACGCCAUGUUUUCUAAGAGUCCUCGGUUCUUUUUGUCUCUUUAUAUUAAGACUCAGAAGACUCAAACAAUGCAGUAACCUUUUCUUAAAAUCUUUCAUGCCACCUGAAUGUCAUUAUAGAAGUUCAUCAUACUCAUAAGCACAAUCUAAAAAGGACCAAAUGAGGAAAAAGAGAUGAGGCAGAGCUGAACGUAAGAAUAAUAGAAAUCAAUUAAAAACUACUAGUGGUCCCUGUUUCGUUAAUUUGUGCCAAGAAGAGUUGAUCCCCUAACAUGUCCCCCUGUAUGAAAUAUAAGUUACUACAAAGUACACAAAAAGUAAAAUAUGGUGACUUUUGUCUUUAUUGACACAACCUAUCAAGGGAAAGCUGUUGAGACUCACCGUUGAUACAUAUCACCCCCUCCGUAUCAUUUCUCCAAAGGUGUAUCAAUGUGUGCUGACAAUCAGUGAGUGAGAGUGCGGGUGCUGCUGCCCUGUCCUGUGUGUUGUUUGACCCUAGGACCUCCUCUAUGUGUGUGUGUGCACGUGUGUGCGUGUGUUUGGGGUGUCAGAGGCUUUGCUGUUGUCAGAGAAGACGGGCAAUCCAACUUAAAAUAAACACUCACCUCACAAAGACAGAGCAUCAUCACAGGAACAGGAGUUUAUCUGGCCUCUAAUAUGUGUGUGAGUGUGAGGGUGAGUAAGAGAGACGAAGAAAGGGAGGAACUUUAGGAUGAAAAAUUAAUCAUGUUAUUGCCCAGCUUCAUGUAGGAAGGUUGAUAUUCUCUGAAAAAGUGAAAAUCCAGGAGGAGAUUAAACCAAAACGAGCUCUUUUUACACUUUGAUGAAGAAUUGGUUUAAAAGAUUUGUUUUUCAUGUAGCUAGCAUACAUCGCUAAAUUCUGUCUAUCUAAACUUGCAAAGUUAUUGGCUGGUUACAACAUCCAGUCUGUACAGCACAGGUACAAGAUAAUACAUGGAUGUGGGCAUGUGUCCUGUUAUAGAGCACCGUUGUGAAUCUAGAACAUCCUAGACGAGUCAUUUCCAUUUGUUAGAGUCUUUAUUGAGGAUCCUGUUGGCAAUAUAGAAAGUCGGAGUCAUGUCAAAUCGAACCUCCUGCUUACGAAACUCCAUCCUUAUUAUUACCAACCAAAGAUAUCAACAUAAAAUAUUGAUGUAAAAAGAAUUUGAUUAUUUUAAAAUGAAUUUAUUAAUUCAGCUAUAAAGUAGACCUUCUGUUUUGACAGCUGGUGGUGCUUCCAUGGCAACAGAAUUAUCAGCCAACAUGUAGGUCAAAUUAACACGAACUUUAAUAUUUUUUAUUCACAAAACAGUCUUUAGUUUAGCCUGCUCUUAGUAACAGCAGCACAUACAUAAGGUCCUCUUCCUGUGACUUUUCUGCAGUAAUUUUCAAAUCCUGUAACGCUGCCAAAGCCGAAACCAUGAUGCUUUUUGUAGUUGCUUCUCGUUUUCUUCAAUUUUGCGGAUGUCUCUGUCUCUCAGCUUCUUGCGCGUUUUAACAUCCCUCCUUUUCAUCUUUUCUCUGUUAUUCAACCAUUAACUCAACAUCUGAAGUUUCGUGCUCUCAAAUGAAUCCGUGUUAUUAACCUGAGCUACUGGAAACUAACGUCCAGGAAGAGGUAGCGUCAUCUUAAUAAACGUGCUGGACUCCUCUCUGCAGGUUAAUUUUACUUAAUGUGUGUGUGAUCAGGUUUUUCCAGAAUAAGAGUCCAUGUUUGGUCAGACAUAUUCAGCACAGUACAGAGAUAAAUAAGAAAGCCGGGCAAUAAACUGAGCUAAUUGCCUCCUUAAUGCAGCUACACAAUUAGCACACAUGCUGAUAAAUUUCCCAGAAAGCUAAGCUGAUGCUUGAAUACUUUGUAAUCGAGCAGCGUGUGUCUGCAGAUCCGGAGGUUUUUCAGUAACGCAAUUAAGACCUUUGUGACGGCAGCACCAAGAACACUGGAUUGCCAAGGACUUCCUUUUUUAGUGUGUAAAGGACCCACUUUUAGUUCCCCCCCCUAACCCUGACCCCACUCCUAAUCAAAGCCGUCACAUAGCCGGGUCUAAAUGAUGAAGCUGUAGCCUCCAGCUCUGCAGACAUAGAGCAAACGUUUGUAUUCUAUUUUUUUCUUUCUUCUAUUGAAGUCUUGUGCUCAGUUAAUGAACAAAUGUGUCCCAUUUCCAUGUCCACGAGUGACUGGGUUUGUUGUUGAUGUGUGUAUGGUGUGAGUGUCUGUAAGGCUGUACGGCUAAAUCGUCUGUUACAUAUUUUUCUACUUUUUUCCGUUGUGGUGUUUUCAUCCCUGCGAUGCACACCACUCAUUUGGGGACCACAGAAUUAUAUUUACACUAAGAGAAGAAAAAGAAGAAGAAGCAAAAUCUAAUGCAAUGUAUGCAGUGCUGAAUAUAUCGUUUUGUUCGUUAUGAAAGACUCAGAUGCUCCAUGGCGGAUACAGUGGGGUCUUUAAAGCCAAUCACAUGAAUGAUAGCUGGUUUCAGGGGCAGUAAAUGCAGUAAAGGAUCACACUUCUUAAAACUCACAUAAAAGGACUUAAAACUCUAAUCCUUCUGUAUUCAACCGAUCGUGACGCAUGUUUGUAUCGUAUUGUCUGACUUCUUGGACGUCCUGUAUGCCAGCUGUUUUUGUCUAAAGCAAGAACUAGUAUUUUCAUUAUUGUAUGAUGACAUAGAAUUGUUGCUUGCAGUGAUUGUUCUUAAUCAAAGUGGGGUUAAAUUGGUGAAACUUGAGUAUGUGUUCUGGAAGUAAGUUAGUGGUGAUUGUGCUCCUUGUUUACCCUGGACCCAGGUAACCUUUUCUCAUAUAUAUGUAUAUACAGUAUACGUAUAUAUAUACUGUAUAUAUUCACACCUGAAUACCUGAGGAGGACACAGGCAAUUCAUCUUGUCAGAAAGUUACAAGAUUUGGUUGGAAAAGGGAGGGGGAAAAAGGUGGAUUGUGCACAAAAAAACUUUUGUUUUUUCAAAAAUGGAAGUGUAAGUAAUAAAGGGGACACAUUCCCCAAAUCUGAGAGAGUAGUUUGACCCCAAAAGACCCCCGUAUGUCAGUUUAUCAAAAGAGCAAACUCUGUCAGAUUGAUGCUUCAGUCCAAAAAUAUACAAGUAACAUAUUCUGUGUUACUGCUGUGAGUGUAGAAGUUUAAUUACCUCUAUAUUCCUGUAAAAACUAUCAACAAGGUCUCUGGUUUGAGUUGUAUCCAUGAUGAAAGCAUUGACACAGGAUGUGGUCAUAAUAAGGCAACACCGUCCUGAGGGAGGAUCAGUCCUGGAGGGCCAAGCCUGCAAGAAAACUCCCAUUUUCUGCAAAGAACUUUCAAAAACCCUUCUCACGUUUGGACUGGAGGAGUUUGCGUUUUCUUCAGUUUGACUCGAACCCGUUUAUGAAAUGAUAAAAAGUUCUACUCUAAAUGUGAGUUCAAUUCAAAAAUCAAUGUGCUGUGUGUAGAAACUGUAGAUGUUUGUAUGUGCAAGUUUGGAAUUUGUGGAACAAAAGAUCACAGAAAACAAUUCCAAAAAAAUUCAGUAUGACACAAAAUCUAUUGUGUGUUGUCUUUGUGUUUUGUAAAUGAAAUCUUGGUAAAAUUCUGUAUUUAUUACUUCUGGAUAUUGAGACUAUUUUAGUGAUGCUGAAAAGGUGCUGUAUUUAUUUUAUGUGAGAGUUGUUCAUUAUGCUGGGAGUAGCACUUUUGUGCCAUUUAUCCAGUUCUGACAAAAAUGACAAAUUAUGAAAAUAAAACUUGAAAGAAAUCCAAUGUAA